GCUGGCGUUCGCCUGUGCACGCACUUGGGGCAAAAUCGAGUCCAACUCGAGGGAGCCCGGUCUUCUCGGGCCUGCGAAUGGCCAUGGCGGUGGUGGCUGCGGCGCUCACGUUGCUGACCUCUGGAUUUCCGGCAUGUUCGGCUGCCGGCGCUGCUGCAGCAGCAUGCGAUUUCCCAUCCAUCUUCAACUUUGGAGACUCGAACUCCGACACGGGAGGGCUGUCGGCGGCGUUCGGGCAGGCCCCCCCGCCAAACGGAGAGACGUACUUCCACCGGCCAGCGGGGCGGUACUGUGACGGCCGCCUGCUCAUCGAUUUCAUCGCGGAGGAUUUGAGAUUGCCUCACCUAAGUGCGUAUUUGGACUCCGUCGGUUCAAAUUUCAGCCAUGGAGCCAAUUUCGCUACUGCCGGAUCACCGAUUAGACCUCAGAACAUGACCCUGGCACAGAGCGGAUAUAGUCCGAUCGCAUUGAAUGUUCAGCUCGUCGAGUUCUCAGACUUCCUCGCGAGGUCGCAAUAUUUUCGGUCUCAAGGAGGCGUGUUUCCGAGAUUAUUGCCUCGAGAAGAGUACUUCUCCAGGGCUCUGUACACGUUCGACAUCGGCCAAAACGACCUCACGGCCGGAUUGACGCAGAACAUGACCAUCGAUCAGAUAAAGGCAUACAUUCCAGACGUGACGGCUCAGUUCUCAGAUGCUAUAAAGAAAGUGUAUGCCGAAGGAGGAAGGUCGUUUUGGAUACACAACACCGGCCCUUUGGGGUGUUUGAUCUACAUCAUGAACCGGUAUCAUCUCGAAGCUCCAGAAGACGAGCAUGGCUGCUUGAGACCUUUCAACGAGUUGGCUCAGUACUUCAAUGCCAAGUUGAAGGAAGCGGUGGAUACACUCAGGACAGAACUUCCUCUAGCAGCAGUAACAUAUGUUGAUGUGUACUCCGUGAAGUAUAAUCUCAUUACUCAAGCACACCAACAUGGUGAUUACCUCAGUACCUUCACUCCCUCUUUCAGACCUAAUAACUUUUCCAGGAUGGGUCGUUUGAUAGGAUUUCAGCAACCUUUCAAAGCCUGCUGCGGUCAUGGUGGGAAGUACAACUACGACGACAGUAGGAGGUGCGGAUUCAAGAUCACAGUCGAAGGCAAAGAGGUCGUAAUCGCAAGGUCAUGCAAAGAUCCGUUGGUCCGGGUCGGUUGGGAUGGAAUCCAUUUCACGGAAGCGGCAAACCGAUGGAUUUUUGAGCAAAUAGCCGACGGCUCGUACUCAGAACCGCCGGUUCGUCUGAACAUGGCAUGUCAUAGAAUGGAUCACCAAUCGACGGUUUGACCUCUCGUUUUCGGAUGCAGAGAAGCUAUUUCGUUUUUGAACAUUGUAUGGACGAGAAAAACCAGUGAUUAGGACUUGGUCCGUCUGACUUCUUUAGCUUAUUGCUGCUGCAGCUGUACAAUCUCGGAACUUGGUGUGCAUCUUCUUCAGUUUAUUAAAAGAUUUUAGCCAAUCUUAAGAUA